AUGAAUAAACAAGUAGAAACUGAUAAAAUAAGGCGUAAAAGACUCAAGGUGAUCAGUGCUUGCGGGGAAUGUAGAAGAAAGAAAACAAAAUGUAAUGGAGAGUAUCCAUGUUCUGGCUGUUUAAAAGCUCGCGUCGAAUGUAAAUAUGUCACAAAUCAAAAACCUGGUGCACCAACGUCUAUUAUAAGAGAACGAUUAAAUAAUAAUGUUCAUUUGAUUACACAGCCUAUCCGCAAGAAAUCGCUUAAUUCUCCUCCUAUGGUUGAACCAUUAGCAACGCCAACCGUCCUACCGCCGUCAGAACAACCACAGCAGCAGCAACAACGUCAUCAAUUCCAACAACAUCAACCGCAACAGCAGCAGCAGCAGCAACAAAACAAUACAACGCAUCAUAUCCAAUCUAUUGAAGAACGUUUAUCAGCUAUCGAAAAUAUUUUACGGACUUUACUCGGUUCCGGAAGACACAAACAUUUACUACAAAAUUUGGAUCACAAUAACGUACCUUUACCACCACCGCAACCCUCUCCUCGUUAUCCUAGUCUAUAUCCUAACCCACCAAUGCUUGAUCAGCAGCAGUAUUCUGAUGCUCUCUCCUGCCGGGAUAUCUAUCAUCCUCCUGUCCAUGUUUCCUAUAUCCAAAAUGGGUCAUUAUCACGGGAAAAGCGAAAAAGAGAUGAUCAAGACAUUGUAGUAAAGGAAGAACGGGAUGCACUCGGGCCACAGUUGGCCCCUAUUAAAACCAUAGCAACUACACCUGGAACACCGACAAUACGAAACUUGUUGAAUGAUGAUCCACCCUCUGCGUUUCAUAGACUAUCGCCCACAUCCUCUUUUAGUGACACUACAGCUACCACUACCACUAAUAAUAUCUCUAAUACUAAUUCUAAUACUAUCAACCCAAUCAACAGCAUUAAUACCAUUAUUACGUCUACCACUACUACUCCUACUCCCGCAGCCGGAGACUUAUCCUCUUGA